AUGGAUUUUAAUCCAAGGCAUCCGAAAUGGAUCUGUUGUUGUUGUUAUUUGCCAACAGGUCUCAAAAUUUUGGCUAGUAUCGAAGUAUUUGUUGCAGCAACAGUUCUCCUCGCUAUUAUAAUUAAUAUGAUCAUCGAUUUUCAGGAAGAUGUCUCAUUGUCUUGGUUUAGAAUAUUUUCCAUAUUAAUGUGCAUAUUCUAUGGCUUUUCAUCAAGUCUUCUAAUAAUUGGUAUCCUCAAGAGUAAGGUUCAAUUGUUAUAUCCGACCAUAUCAGCUCGAGGUGUGUUUGUUAUAUUUGUGCAAGCAUUCGGCAUAACAACAAUUGUUAAUCCUCAACAUCAUUCAUCGCAUGAAAUGAGCAAGAACAACAACAUUAAGUCAACAAUCCACCAAGAGUACCAUAGUUCACUUUCAACAGCUGCAAAAUUAUUAAUGACAGCAUUUUUGAUGGUUUUAAUCGCAGUAUUUAUUUUAUAUACGAUUUAUUUGAUUGUUCGUUGUAUACGAUAUGUGAGAGCCAAUAAAGUGCUCGAAAAUCGUCGCGAAUCGAUCAUUAUGGCAUGUCAGAUAGGUAAACUUUUAUAA